AUGUCCAGGGAAUUCCGCAGAACAUUUGCGUCAGUCAACACGCUACUUGCGAGAACAAAGCCGCUUAAGUUUGGUGACGUCAAGAACAUCAAAUUGAGAGAACCUAUCACGCCCACACACAAGAACUUCGAUGUUUCUCCAGAUCAUCCAUUAUGGCAAUUUUUCCCUGAAGUGGACGGGAAGAAAGCCGCUUACCGUGAGUCCGGCGAGAUUCCUCAAGAAUCACGUGCCUGGACUAUGUCGGAGUUGCGCAGAAAGUCAUUUGACGACUUGCACACGAUCUGGUACAAGACUCUCAAAGAAAGAAACAUUCUUGCUAGAGAGGUCCGUUUGGGCGAGAGUAUGGGAUUGAACACUGCUCAAGCACAGGACACUGUGGACGAAAAAUUGGUGUUGACGCAAAAGAGAAUCAAACAGACGCUUUUGGAAAGACAGGUGGCUCACGAAAGAGCAGAGCUUCUCGUCGACGAGCAAAGGCAGUACCUACAAGAUUUCAAGGAGAAGUACUUGAAUGCCGACGAGUCUCAAAUUGCCGGCCACAACGACAAGCUCGUGCGCUUGCAGUAUGCUUUGUUUGGCAUUGAGCCAAACGUCCUUGAUCAAAAUCUUGCCGAGGACAUCAACGCAAAGUUUGUAGAGGGUGUGUCAUACGUGGCCGACUUGAAGCUCCAACACUACUUGAAAACCUCGCCAGAUGCGCUCGACUUGCCUUUGAUUGGCAUCAUGGAAGAGUUGCCAUUCUUGAUACGAGAUGCCAGUGAGGCCGUGGAGGAAGUCAACGAGUUGCGUGCCUCUGGAAACAGCGUUGCCCUUGACAAGAUCGACGUUUUCCCAUUCUUAAGGAACGCCAUAGAAUCCCUUAGAAAUGCCGCAGAAGCGGAGGCUGCGGAGGCUGCGGAGGCUGCGGAGACUGCGGAGGCUGCUGAGAAGCAGUAA